AUGUUCUCCUGCGUGAAGCCCUACGAGGACCAGAACUACUCGGCCCUGAAACGGGCCUGUCUGCGCAAGAAGGUGCUCUUCGAGGACCCCAACUUCCCCGCUACUGACGACUCGCUCUACUAUAAGGGCAGCCAAGGGCCCACCGUUAGGUGGAAGCGGCCCAAGGACAUCUGCGAGGACCCCCGCCUCUUUGUGGACGGCAUCAGCUCCCACGACCUGCACCAGGGCCAGGUGGGCAACUGCUGGUUUGUGGCGGCCUGUUCAUCCCUCGCUUCCCGCGAGUCACUGUGGCAAAAGGUCAUCCCAGACUGGAAGGAGCAGGAGUGGGACCCCGAGAAGCCCAAUGCCUACGCGGGCAUCUUCCACUUCCACUUCUGGCGCUUCGGGGAGUGGGUGGAUGUGGUCAUCGACGACCGGCUGCCCACGGUCAACAACCAGCUCAUCUACUGCCACUCCAGCUCCCGCAAUGAGUUCUGGUGUGCCCUGGUGGAGAAGGCCUAUGCUAAGCUGGCGGGCUGUUACCAGGCCCUGGAUGGAGGCAACACAGCGGAUGCGCUGGUGGACUUCACAGGUGGGGUUUCUGAGCCCAUCGACUUGACCGAGGGUGACUUUGCCAAUGAUGAGGCCAAGAGGAACCAGCUCUUUGAGCGUGUGCUGAAAGUGCAUAGCCGGGGAGGCCUCAUCAGCGCCUCCAUCAAGGCUGUGACAGCGGCAGACAUGGAGGCCCGGCUGGCGUGUGGCCUGGUGAAGGGCCACGCGUACGCCAUCACGGAUGUGCGCAAGGUGCGCCUGGGCCAUGGCCUGCUGGCCUUUUUCAAGUCGGAGAAGCUGGACAUGAUCCGCCUGCGCAACCCCUGGGGCGAGCGGGAGUGGAACGGGCCCUGGAGCGACACCUCAGAGGAGUGGCAGAAGGUGAGCAAGAGUGAGCGGGAGAAGUUGGGUGUGACCGUGCAGGAUGACGGCGAGUUCUGGAUGACCUUCGAGGACUUGUGCCGCUACUUCACGGACAUCAUCAAGUGCCGUCUGAUCAACACAUCUUACCUGAGCAUCCACAAGACGUGGGAGGAGGCCCGGCUGCGUGGUGCCUGGACACGGCACGAGGACCCACUGCAGAACCGCAGCGGGGGCUGCAUCAACCACAAGGACACCUUCUUCCAGAACCCACAGUACAUCUUUGAUGUCAAAAAGCCAGAAGAUGAAGUGCUGAUCUGCAUCCAGCAGCGGCCAAAACAGUCCACCCGCCGGGACGGCAAGGGUGAAAAUCUGGCCAUUGGCUUCGACAUCUACAAGGUGGAGGAGAACCGCCAGUACCGCAUGCACAGCCUGCAGCACAGGGCCGCAAGCUCCAUCUACAUCAACUCCCGCAGCGUCUUCCUGCGCACGGAGCAGCCUGAGGGCCGCUACGUCAUCAUCCCCACCACCUUCGAGCCAGGCCAAGCUGGCGAGUUCCUGCUCCGAGUCUUCACUGACGUGCCCUCCAACUGCCGGGAACUGCGUCUGGACGAGCCUCCCCGCACCUGCUGGAGCUCCCUGUGUGGCUAUCCCCAGCAAGUGACCCAGGUUCACGUCUUGGGGGCCGCCGGUCUCAAAGACUCCCAGACAGGGGCUAACUCUUACGUGAUCAUCAAGUGUGAGGGGAACAAAGUCCGCUCGGCCGUGCAGAAGGGCACCUCGACACCUGAGUAUGAUGUGAAAGGCGUCUUCUACCGCAAGAAGCCGAGCCAGCCCAUCACUGUGCAGAUCUGGAACCACCGAGUUCUGAAAGAUGAGUUCCUGGGCCAGGUGCACCUGAAAGCCAACGCGGAUGACCUCCAGGCCCUGCACACCCUCCACCUCCGGGACCGUAACAGCCGGCAGCCCAGCGACCUGCCAGGCACCGUUGCUGUGCGCGUGCUCAGCAGUGCCUCCCUCACGGCCGUCUGA